UUGCAGAAUGAGACUCAACCGGAAAACUUCGUUUAUAGACUCUCGCUGACAUUCUCUCUAACGUGGAUCGAAGCAAAUUUACUACAAAGUCGUCGUCUAUCCGGCUCGUGGCUAGAGGAAACACUGAUCAAUCGUUCUAAUUAGUCUUCUUUUUUGGCUUCUGUUUCCGGGUUUGCUAACGUUAUCAUUCAACAAGCGUAGGUUUCGAGCAACAAAACCCAUAUCCGAUCUGAUCAUAAUUCAUGAAUCUUAACCCAACCACAUGUUGUAAUUAGAAGAGAAAGGUUGAUACUUGAUAGUUAGCAACAAUGGCGGAUUAUCACUUUGUGUACAAAGAUGUUGAAGGAGCAUCAACACAAUGGGAUGAUAUUCAAAGAAAGCUUGGAAAUUUACCUCCAAAACCCCCUGCCUUCAAACCUGAUCCUUUUACUCCUGCAGAAGAUGAAGAUUCAAAACCUAAAGACAAAAACUGGAUCGAUAACAAGACAGAAGAAGAACUUGAAGAUCUAGAGGAUGAUCUUGAUGAUGAUCGAUUCCUUGAAGAAUACAGGAGAAAGAGGUUAGCAGAGAUGAAGCAAAUAGUGAAAGUUGCAAAAUUUGGAUCAAUCAUACCGAUUUCUGGAUCAGAUUUUAUACGUGAGGUAUCACAAGCUCCAUCUGACGUAUGGGUAGUGGUUCUUUUAUAUAAAGACGGGUACCCUGAAUGUGGAGUACUAAUGCAAUGCCUUGAAGAACUUGCAACAAUGUAUUCGGCCACAAAAUUUGUUAAAAUUAUAUCAACUGACUGUAUUCCUAAUUACCCCGAUCGCAAUCUUCCCACUUUGUUGGUCUAUAAUAACAGCGCAGUUAAGGCGAAUUAUGUGGGUUUACAUACUUUUGGUCGUAGAUGCACUCCGGAAGGUGUUGCUAUGAUUUUGUGUCAAUCGGAUCCUGUUCUUAACGAUGGGCAGAGUGAAGGGGAAGCUUCUAGAGAUGCUGUUCUUGAAGGGGUGAGGAGGAGGUUUAUAGAGAAAGUGGUUACUCAGCAUGAAAAUGAUGAUGAUGGGUCAUCGAGUGAUUAGCAUUGUGGUUGUCGUUAUGUUAAAUCAUAGGUAUUUUGUUGUUACAACCUUUUAAGACAGUUUUUGUGUUUCUUCUAUUUUCUUUUGAUUCGUGCAACUUACACAUUAAAAAUUCCCAUCCGAAAAAUUCUGUAUGUUUUCUGGAAGUUCUUUUUCAAAUGUAUUAACAAUUUAUUUUGUUUACUUGUAUUUAUGGUCGUUUGACAUUCA